AUGUCUGCGUUUGCUGCUCCAACAGCGACCCCUGCUGGAUAUGACGACACAGUGCCGGGGUACCAUGGAAAUCUGGAAGGUGAAGGAGGACAGUGUCUUCCUCCGCCGAUGCCCUCAGUGCCUGUGCCAUCCCUGGAGAACCUCCCUGCUCAACCAGAGAGGAAUAUCACCUCCAUCACAGAGGAAGAUGCACGUGAAGCGUUUAUCAGCUACGCGUCCAGUAAAUGCUGUUACAGAUCUGCGCCGGCUCAAGAGGGCGUCAUCACCAAAUUAGAGCCCUUCGACACCCACAGGUAUCGCUUGGAGACCUUUACUGAGAAGAGAUCUAUUAAAUGGUGUCAUGAACCGUAUACAGGUCAGCCUGUGGAUUCACUUAUCCAGCCUGCUCCAAAAGCAUGGGAGAUCGAAGCCAAAGCACCUGGUUUCUUUAAGGAUCAAGAGACAACCAUCAAAGUGCCGCAUACCUCCUCAGUCAAGAUCUGCCAUGGCUGUAAUGGGAUGGGGACAAAGACAUGCAAUAAGUGCAAUGGGUCUAGGAAAGAAAAAUGCAGUACUUGUAAUGGUAGCGGGUCUUGCGACGGAACUGACUGCUCAGACUGUAACGGCUUAGGAGAAAAAACCUGUAGCAGGUGCAAUGGAAAAGGCACCUAUCAAUGUACCCUGUGUCAAGGAAAGAAACAGCUCCUCGUCUUCAUGACACUCAAGAUUCAGUGGAUUACUUAUAAAAAGGAUUUCGUGGUGGAGCAGUCGAGCGGUCUGAAGUCGAAGAAAUUUAAUAAGGUCUCCGGAAAGGUGAUGUUCACAGAUUCCCAGCGCAUGGUUGGUCCAGUGGUGAAUUUCCAAGACGCUUCACUGCGCCAAGCGUCUGAGCGUUUUAUACAAAAACAUCAAUCCAAGUAUUCUCACAUUCUGCAGCAGCGUCACACCAUCGAGCUGAUACCCGUCACCAAGGUGAACUACACCUGGAAAGGGAAGUUCCACUCUUACAUUGUGUUUGGAAACGAGAACAGAGUGUCCACCAAGAGCUACCCGGCCGCAUGCUGCUGCUCUGUCAUUGAACAUUUCCUGUUUUUUUGUCUUCCUCCCCUAAUGCCCUCGGUGCCCGUGCCAGCCCCGAAGAACCUCCCUGCUCAACCCGAGUGGAAUAUCACCUGCGUGACAGAGGAUGCACAUGAGGCGUUUAUUAGCUACGCGUCCAGUAAAUGUUGUUACAGUUCUGCACCGGCUCGAGAAGGCGUCAUCACCAACUUAGAGCCCUUUAACACCUACAGGUAUCACUUGGAGACUUUUGCUGAGAAGAGAUCUAUUGAAUGGAGUCAUGAACCGUAUACAGGUCAGCAUGUGGAUGCGCUCAUCCAGCCUGCUCCAGAACUGUGGGCGAUCGAAGCCAAAGCACCUGCUUUCUUUAAGGAUCAAGAGAAAACCAUCAGAGUGCCGCAUACCUCCUCAGUUAAGAACUGCCAUGCCUGUAAUGGGAUGGGGACAAAGCCAUGCAAGGACUGCGCUGGGUCUGGGAACAAGGUUUGCAGGGCUUGUAACGGUAACAGGAAUCGCCAAGGAAACACUCCCUGCUCACACUGUAAUAGCUGCGGAAAAGAAAACUGUGGCAGGUGCAGUGGAAAUGGGUGCUGUGAAUGUAAAACGUGUCGAGGGAAGAGACAGCUUUUCGUCUUCAUGACGCUCAAGAUCCAGUGGACUACGUAUAAAAAUGAUUUCCUGGUAGAGCAGUCGAGCGGUCUGAAGUCAGAGGAAUUCAGUAAGGUCUCCGGAAAGGAGAUGUUCACAGAUUCCCAGUGCAUGCUUGGUCCAAUGGCGAGUUUCCAAGACACUUCACUAAGCCAAGUCUCAGAGCGCUUAAUACGAGAACAUCAAUCCAUGUAUAUCAAGACUUCUCGCAUUCUGCAGCAGCGUCACACCAUCGAGCUGAUCCCAGUCACCAAGGUGACCUACGACUGGAAAGGGAAAUCCCACUAUUACAUGGUGUUUGGGAACGAGAACUAUGUGUACACUGAGAGCUACCCGGCCACAUGCUGCUGCUCUGUCAUGUAAUCCCAUAAUUUGCCAUUUUGCAUUUUUCUUAUAAAAAACAUCAAAGAGUACAGAAUACAGAUAAUAUUUAGGCUGUUAUAAUGUGUUAUUCCUUUUUGUAUUAAAUAUAUACAUAAUAAUACUCAAACUGAAUCAAACAUAAAAUGAUUUGCAAGCACUGUGGCCUUGCACUUCCAGGGUUGAGGGUUCGAUUCCCAUCUUGGGUCUGUGUGCGUGGAGUUUGUGCCUGGUGGCUUUCUUCCGGGUAUUCCAGUUUCCUCCCACAGUCCAAAUAGG